AGGAGGAGGAGAAGGUGUUACCAUGGAAACACCCAACGCUCCUGUUUAUUGCAUCUGCAGGAAACCAGACAUCAAUUGUUUCAUGAUAGGCUGCGACAGCUGCACUGAGUGGUUUCAUGGUGAUUGUAUUGGAGUUUCUGAGAAAGCAGCCAAAGCCAUCAGAGUUUGGUACUGUCCGUCCUGCAGAGACAAAGAUCCGUCUCUGGAGAUUAAAUACCGCCUGAAGAAGACAAGAGAGAAGGAGGAUAAGGAGGCGGAGCCAGAAAGAGAUGACAAAACUGAUGGAGAUGAAAGCUCCACCCCCCAGCCCAGGAUUGACAGGAGGCGGGGAUCACAGAUCAAGCGUUCGGCCCGAAUGUGUGGAGAAUGUGACGCCUGUCUGAGGACGGAGGACUGCGCUCAGUGCGACUUCUGCAAAGACAUGAAGAAAUUUGGAGGUCCGAACAAGAUCAGACAGAAGUGUCGGUUGAGGCAGUGCGAGGUCCGAGCCCGGAAGAUGCUUCGCGUCAGAGACGAGGAACUGAGUCGGAGUGGUGGCAGGGGGCGUGGCCUGUCCAGGAGAGGGGCGGGGCAUCAGACAGAGGAGGAGGACGAGGAGGACGAUGAGGAAGGCUUCAGCGAGAGUGAGCUGGAGCUGUACGAGCAGUACAAGGCAGCCGGAUACAGAGACCUGGUGUGGCACAGUGAGGAGGAGGAGGAGGAGGAGGAGACAGAGUCUCUGAGAAAGAAGGCUGUUAAGGUGAAGCAUGUGAAGCGGCGAGACAAGAAGCCAGAGAAGAAGUCUGUCACUGCUCCCCGAGAGGAGGUGAAGCCACGGCGCCAUAAGGUGAAGCAGCGCCACAGGGAGCGCGUGCGGCACAGCGAGCGAGCAGAGGGCGGGGCCAAAGACAUGGGCGGAGCUCUGAGACAGUGUCUCGGGCCGGGCUGUGUCCAACCGGCGAGGACAAACUCCAAGUACUGCUCAGAGGACUGCGGCAUGAAGCUCGCUGCCAAUCGUAUCUAUGAGAUCCUUCCUCAGAGGAUCCAGCAGUGGCAGCAGAGUCCCUGCGUUGCUGAGGAGAUGGGACGAAGACAGUUGGAGCGAAUCAGAAGAGAGCAGCAGGCGGCGAGACUCCGCCUCACAAUGAUGGAGAAGCGUUUCCACGAACUUGAAGGAAUCAUCGCCAAUGCCAAACUGCAGCAGGUCCAACAACAUGAGGAGGUGGCUGAAGGCGACGGGGAUGACACUGACCUCCAGAUCUUCUGUGUCUCCUGCAGCCAUCCCGUCAACCCAAAGGUGGCGCUGCGACACAUGGAGAGGUGCUACGCUAAGCGUUUGAGGGUGUUCCGCUCAGACUCGGAGGACAGGAAGCCGUGA